ACCCCAAAAUACGCAUUGCCUUCAUUCCUCUCUCUCUCUCUCUCUCUCUCUCUCUCUCUCUCUCAUAGAGUUUACAUAUACAUACGUAUAGGAUGGGGAGACAGCCGUGUUGUGAGAAAGUAGGGCUAAAGAAGGGGCCAUGGACAGCUGAAGAGGACAAGAGGCUGAUCAACUUCAUCCUCACCAAUGGCCAAUGCUGCUGGAGAGCUGUCCCUAAACUUGCAGGAUUACUAAGGUGUGGUAAGAGUUGCAGGCUGAGGUGGACAAACUAUCUUAGGCCAGACUUAAAGAGGGGUCUCUUAUCAGAGUACGAAGAGAAGACGGUUAUUGACCUCCAUGCUCAACUUGGCAACAGAUGGUCUAAAAUUGCUUCUCAUCUCCCCGGAAGAACCGAUAACGAGAUAAAGAACCACUGGAAUACCCACAUCAAGAAAAAGCUCAAGAAAAUGGGGAUUGACCCUCUAACACACAAACCACUCCCAACUGAUGAACUACCCAAAGAAAAACAAGAAGAUCAACAAGUGGGCCCAAGCAGUGAAACAGAGUCAUCAUCAAUGGAAUCAUCAAUUACAGAGGCCAAUGAGGAACUAAUAAACCCAGAUGAAGAUCCAUCAAUGGAAGUGAUCAACAAUGGGUUUUGUACAGAUGAGGUCCCAUUGAUUGAACCCCAUGAGAUCAGUACUCUUGUAUCUGCUUCUCGUUCUUCAUCUUCUGCUCCAUCGUCUUCUUCCUCCAGUAUAAUUCAAGAAUUUGACUUCCCAAAUUUUGAUUGGCAAUGUGACAUCAUCAAUAGCUUGGAUUUCUGGGAUGGUGACUUCAGCAGUACUUUGGAUUGGCUGAUUAAUUAUGAUAGUGAUAGGAACAAUGUAACCCCAAUCCCAGGAAUUGUUUGGGACCAAGAACCUAUUAGAGACUACAUUAUUUGAGCUCUUGUGAUUGGGAGGUUUUUUUUUUUUGGUAUCAGGGGCUUGUUUGUAAUAUUGUUUUUAGUUGGUUACAGUUAAUAAAAGCCAAGAAGCAGGAAAAAAAAA